CGGGUUGAGCGGGCCCCGGGGCGCCUGGGGCCACCGCUGCGGGGUCAGGCGCGUCUCACUGGGCCGGAGGGUCCGCGCAUCCGCGAGGGCGCUGGUCUGGCGGCGGGGUCGUCUCCCCCAGUGGGCCGUCGGGGCUAGGCGGCCUCCUGCUGCCCCUCGGCUUCUGCUCGCCUGCCGGGGCCCGAACGGCCGGAACCGGGCCUCGUGGACCGGGAGGGGUGUCCGCCGCGGGGCCCCUGCUCUUUGCUCCGACGACCCCGCCGGCCUUCGGCCCCCACAACAGCCAGUUAGAGGCUGUCGCGUGGAAUGAACUAGCCCUUGGCACUUUCCCUUACCGGAGCGUGUUGGGUCGCCGAGCCCCCAGGACCCGAGACGGCUGUCCCCGCCAGAAACAAUUGCAGACCCUUGGGACUCGGCAGCACACUUGCGGGGGGUGGGGGUCGUGCCCUCGCUGAAGCCCACGAGGGGUUAAGAACCGGGCUCCUGGGGGCUCGCCGUAUGGAGACCUACACGGGGCGGGUACUGAAUUCGGAUUCACAGUAGUGUGAGCGGUGGGGAGCCUGGCUCCGCGGUCUUUCCGGGGGGUGGGGGGGGGAACUGGCCUGGGUCAGACGUGGGGGGGGGUGCGCCGCAGGCCCAGGCUCCCCGCCCGCAGCUGGAAGCCCUCCCGCUCGCCCGCGCCGCAGCCCCGGCGCCCGUCCCAGCUGCGGCGUGGGCUUGACUAAUCAGCCGUUCCCUAGCUGGUCUCCUGCUUCGCCUUCCCUUCCGUGAUCCACCAUCUAAGCCGCCGCAGGAGGAACCUCUCAAGCAGUGUAAUUUGUCACCGCCUUCGCCGAGUCCUCCAGUGGGUCUGUCCCGAGGUUGCAGUAAACCCAAGCCGCCGCGCGCCCCUCACCGGGGCCUUCUCAGGCCCGAGCUCCCCUUCCCUUUGUGCCCAUUCCCCCUGCCCCUCAUCCUCCGGCCGCAGCACGCUCCUGGCCGCCGAGCCGUCGCGCCUGCUCCGACUCCGGGAGCUCCGUGACGCUGCCUGGCACUCCUGCCCCCCCCCCCCGCCCCGGUCUUUGCGGUUUGGCCCCUCCGUUCAGCCCUUGCUCAGAUGCCCCUUAUCAAGGAGCGCUUCCUGGACCACCACAGGCUGGAAUCCUCUAACCCAGUCGCUGCGGUCCCUUACGCUGCUUCCGUUUCUUCUCAGCACCGUCUCAAGUCGGGAUUGGUUUUGUUUGGUCUCUGUCCUCCGCGGCCCUGCCUGUCGUGGCGGCCUCCGCGUCCCCGGCGGCCGGAAGCGGUGUGGGACCGGGAUGGGGCGACCGCGGGCGGACCGGGUAGAAGUGAAGGCCUGUUGGACAAGGACCACAUGGCAGCUGAGGUGAAGGGGAGGGGCUCGAGGCCUGGCUUUGCUGCCCUUGAUCUUGGGCCGGUCCGUCUCCCGGCCUCCAUUUCCGGGCCUUCUCUCGGUCCUCGGGGUGCUUGCCGAGAGAACCAGAGCCGCGUGGCGGGGAGGGAUGGGCCACCGCGGCCGCAGGGCAGGCAGCUCGGCACAGGUCUCCGGCUUUCCUGCUCUUCCGUGCAAGGGGUUUGUUCUUAAAACCCGCUUUUAAGUGACUCCAAGAAACCUUCCAAGAAGCUGCGGGAAGAAACUUGAGGCCAAUGUGAAGGAUGUGUCCUGUGGUUGCCUGUCUCAGGAGGAGCAAACUAAGGGCAGUGCCCGGGGCUGUCCUCUCUGGGACACCUAACACAGGGCCUGCCACCAACAGAUUAGAGCGCACACUUUUUUUGGGGGGGGGGGUGGGAAUGGUUUGAUUUUGGACUCAAGGGCCCUGAAUGUCAGGUUUUGUGCUUAGAAUGAAUUUCACUGGAAACUAAACUAGCUCUGUGCCAUUUUCACUAGAAGAUACUGGAGUUUCCUGGGAAAUGCUAAAAGUGCUUGUGGUGCCUCAGGUUUUUGGUUUUUUUUAUUUUUAUUAAGUUAAUUUAAGUCAUCUCGACACCCAGUGUGGGGCCCGAACUCACCACCCGAGAUCAAGAGUCCCAUGCUCUUCUGCCUGAGCCAGCCAGGCGCCCCAUGGUGCCUGGGGUUCAAAGCAGCUGCAAGUCCUUUGGGGGAGAAAGCUCACGAGAGCCCUCUGAAGACCGCAGAAGGCAAGGGCUGGCGUAGGCCCUGCCAUGUCCCGCAGGCUGGGCUGCCUGGUCCCGUCCAGCCUGGCUGUGCUGCUGCUCAGCGGCCUGCUCUUCCUGAAGAAGGAGGCCACGCCGUCGGGGGGCUCCGCGGCCCGCCAGCCCUUCUGGGCUCCCCCGGGGCCCCGCCGCAGCCAGUGUGCCCCCAACCACACGGUGGCUAACGUCUCCCUGUCCUUGCCUGGCCGUCACCGCCUCUUCCUGACCUACCGCCACUGCCGCAACUUCUCCAUCUUGCUGGAGCCCUCAGGCUGUGCCGAGGACACCUUCCUGCUCCUGGCCAUCAAGUCGCAGCCUGGCCACGUGGAGCGGCGUGCGGCUAUCCGCAGCACGUGGGGCCGGGGCGGGGGCUGGGCCAGGGGCCGGCAGCUGAAGCUGGUGUUCCUCCUGGGGGUGGCGGGACCCGCGCCCCCCGCGCAGCUGCUGGCCUACGAGAGUCGCGAGUUUGAUGAUAUCCUGCAAUGGGACUUUGCGGAGGACUUCUUCAACCUGACCCUCAAGGAGCUGCAUUUGCAGCGCUGGGUGGCAGUUGCCUGUCCCCAGGCCCACUUCGUGCUAAAGGGAGAUGACGAUGUCUUCGUCCAUGUCCCCAACGUGCUGGAGUUCCUGGAGGGCUGGGACCCAGCCCGGGACCUCCUGGUGGGAGACGUGAUCCGCCAGGCCCUGCCCAACAGGAACACCAAGGUCAAAUACUUCAUCCCCCCGUCCAUGUACAGGGCCCGCCACUACCCACCCUACGCUGGGGGUGGGGGAUAUGUCAUGUCCAGAGCCACCGUGCAGCGCCUCCAAGCAGCCGUGGAAGAGGCUGAACUCUUCCCCAUCGAUGAUGUCUUUGUGGGCAUGUGCCUGAGGAAGCUGGGGGUGAGCCCCAUGCACCAUGCUGGCUUUAAGACAUUUGGAAUACGGCGGCCCCUGGACCCCCUAGACCCCUGCCUGUACCGGGGGCUCCUACUGGUGCACCGCCUCAGCCCCCCGGAGAUGUGGACCAUGUGGGCGCUGGUGACAGAUGAGGGGCUCAAAUGUGCAGCAGCCUCCUUGCCUCGACUCCAAGGGGCAGGUUGAGUGAGUAGACCCAGUGUUGAUUUUCCUGUCAUGAUGACAAAUUGAGAACUUGACACUUGACCCUGAUGGUCUAUAGGAAAUGCUGACUUCAUUUUUGUAACCCCCACCCCAACCUUGCUAACUCUGAUUAAAAACACUGAAACCUGG